AUGGAUAAUGUGCACAUUUCUAUGGACAAGUUGAGAUUCCUCCUUGGUAAGUGGCACGGUUCCGGAGUGGGCACGGUCGGUACAUCAAGAUCAUUCAAUUAUCAAGAAAAUCUUGAAAUUAGUAGCAUCGGUCAACCCUCAUUUUCCUACACGUAAGUCCUUUCAGUCUCAUUAUGAUCUUCAGCUAAGAACUUGUUGUUAAAUGUUCACUCCUGGCAGUCCCCGAUAACCAUCUUCAUUAGAUUGAGUUUGUAGUUUGGACGAUAAGUGGGAUGCUUUGGCGAUCGUCUUGCUGUAUAUUCGUGGUUUUCCGACCAUUCGAAUUCCAAACUCAAAUGUGUGUUGAGAGUGUGGCGUGCAGUUCAUGUUGCUGUUGUUGGGCAGGAACCCAUCACGGCUAGUGGCCAGAAUCUCGGUAGUUUGGACAUGCAGGUGGGACAGAAAGAGGAAUGCGAUUGUGCUAUACGACGGAACGGUGCAAUUAGUAGCAUGUGUGAACCCAGGUUUAGCAACUGUCACGUCGGGUCUUCUAUCCAUUGUACAGUAAUACUCCGAAAAUUCGGGCUUCUGGAUCUGCGGCUUCACGAAUUCGCGUAUUUUCUUCCUUGGAACAUAGCACCUAAAGUUCGCGUAGGAAGUACCCUCACAAGAGUCUAGCGUCUCAAAGGAGACGCGGGCGGGCACAAGGUGCGGACGGUAGAUCUACAUUUACGUGCAGAAUGGAACGUCAGUCUAGGGGCCUAACCCUUGCAACGGUAUUAUCGUAUCCCAGGCUGCCACCGUAGACGCCUCAGUGAGAUGAUCUUUUACAGCCUGUUCCUUGUGGUGUCCUUCCGUGCACCGGGGGAGUUGGUUCCUCCACUCAACUCUACCGAUGAUGAAGCACUCUAGUUUACCUUUGUUUGGUGCCGACCGCAAGUCUUAAUGGAUGCCGGGGUGUGUCCGUUAAACUUCCUAGACUCAUCGACGCGAGUCGGGCAUUAGGUAAGGUCUGUCUGUAGUGACAACUUUGUGUUAAGAGACAUUUUAUGCGAUUACGAACCCAUCAAAGUUACCGUCCUUACCUGCUAAUGACCGCUACUUCGAAUUUUUAUCAGCUACUAGGUCGUAAACUGCUUCUCGGCCGGAUAUCUUCGUUUUGUAGUGCAUCUGGUUUAAAAAGGGAAAUAACUUCGUAUAUUGACUAAGGUAGAACACUGGUAGUUUGCAAAACGUAUCACGUACCUAGAGGAUAACUUGUCACAUUUCUUUUUUUCGCAAUUUCUAAUCGUUCGCACCUCAUUGCUUCAGCCCCUUUACUGUGUCCGUCGACUCAGGUGCAGCACUGCGUAGUUUAUGCGGUUUUCGGUUAAGGUUUGCCGUUAAAAAAAUAAAAAAUGAAAGAUUGGCAAUUUGGAUAAGCUGUAAUUUGUCAGCGACUUCGGCCACUCCUUUGUCGACUUAGUCUAUUCCUACAGUCCCCGCCCACUUCAGCCUGCUAUGCGACAAUAUGACCCAUAGAGGGACGUUUCUUUAUUGUACGCAGCGUGUGCCGUUGGGGCCUUACCUUAUCGGCAUUUCCGGCCUACUAAUUUGGCAUAUGCAGACGUACGAUUUCACCUCGAGGUCAUAUAUCGCUCGUCAUCUUUAUUAUCGCUAGACGAGUGUGACCCACAGCAUCACCGUCGGUGUCUUCACUCGUGUUAUCGUCCUCCAAUGUCACCUCUGAAUCCUUUAACUCCUGAACGUCUUCACAUACCGAGGUGUAACCUCCUAACCCGCAAAGGCGGGAAAGUCUAUACCGACUGAUUCCCACCGGUGUUCUUGUUUCUCAUAGAACCCUCAAGUUCCAUGACGCGAACCUACGAAAGGAAAUCUAGGACCAGACACAUCCUGCGUUUUAGCGGUACCCCUCCAAUCUUGUACAAACGCAUUUCAAUGAUCCGGCCAUCUCGGCCAAUCAGGAGAAAUCAAAGACUAGCUUUCGACGUUUACAGGCUUUUUUAUAAUGUCUAUGUAGCGCAAGGGGGAAUUCGCAAACAAAACCGUCGUUUUCAGCAUGGUCGUUAUGGCAGAGGCGUCCUUUUGAAAAACGGCUGCUAUGUAGCGGCAUUCUUCGGUUUCUUAAGUUGACUCUUUUCCUCUCGUGUUUUUUAUAACAUUGUAUGCAAUUUUGAGCGCAUCACGUCUAUAUCAAACGAUAGUUCGGUCUCCCGCGACUUUUAUAAUACGUCGAUGGCAACGUCGCUACUACAACUAGCCUGAGACCUUUUUGCGAACUACUAAAAUGGCACGUGCAUCCGUUUAUUUCUGUGGCAGUCAAAAGGAGAUGUCUCCUCAAAAAGCAGCAAGGGAAUCAUAAUGCGAAAACACCCGUUUCAUAAUUGUUAUCAGUCGUUCGUACGUUUUAGCUGUUUCUCAUCAUUAAGGUUUGGCAUUUCCGGUCCAAUCCGUUUCAAAUUUCUAAAUCAGUAAGGUCUGUGAAACAGGUAUCACAGGAGUAAAUUUAAAAUGAAGGUUUCUGGAUCUGUAGUCUCUUGGCUUAAAAUCCUGCUACUGCUCUAUAUAUUCAGGACACCUCAUUUCAACCUUUAGGGCAAAUGCCCUCAGGGAUGGCAAACCAAUGCAUCGCGAGUCAGGUUUCAUCAAGUGCCAUACGGACGGUCAGGUUUGUUUCGUCGUCGCCGACAAUUUAGGUAAGCUGGACUCUUCUCUUUCCAAAACUGUGAUUGCUUUUAUUGUCUAUAGCUCUUAAAGCCGCAGCAUACUCGGACUUUAGAGCACCAAGUCAAGCAAUGCGAUCGGUAUUUGCGUUCUGUCCGGGACGAAUGCGUGAUCAGCCAGUCUAUUAGAAUAAGGAUAAGUUUAACCUUUAUUUGGCCGACAAUAGUACUGAGCUAAACUGCUCGACGCCUCUUCUCUGGUUACUUCUAUCGGACUAUACGAUGCAGUGCCCACCAUGGUUGUGACCUGUCGCCAUCUAUAUGGCUAAGAUGCAAGUGGUAAUCUAGUCCUCGCGACAAGAAAGCAAGGUUUAAGAUAGACUGUCGGCUAAAACCAACGAGGGUUUCUCUGCCGGCUGGCUCUAGAUUUCUCAACCAUUGUGACCUACUGGGCAGAUUUCAAAGGACGCAGGGCAAUGUGUAUCCCGGAACGAAGACUGGGCUUCCAGCCAGCCUUACAUAAACCCAGAUUUGCCGCACCUGAGCCUUAAACUCGCGCUCUUUGUUCACCGAAUGUUACCAAGUCCACAACGGGAUGAACAGAUCCCUUAACUCUAUUGAUGACCGCACUUCUAACAUAGUUACCAUUCCCGAUUACAAUUGACAGAACAAGGACCUCAUGGCUCAUUUGGUAGGGUGCUGAACGCGGGUUCGAAGCGCAGAUGCGACAAGCCUGGGUUUAGGUAGGGCUGACUGACGACGACUAAUAAGCCAGAGAUGGCCAUUCCAUUCUACCUCGUCUUUGUCGGCAAUUUUGCAUAUAUUACUAACCGCUCUACCACUGCCUGCUAGGGCCCUACAUUGAGCCCCAAGACACAGCAAGACGAGCAGGUCCCAUAGUCCGAUCGGUGUGCGCACUCCCAAUAUAGUAACCAUAUAUUUGUUUUCCUCUUUAAUUGGCCAGUUGCGUCCUUUUUUACGUCAUUUAAGCUUGUCUUACUUAAUGACCGCAGCUUCAGUUUUCCUAUGACCUUUAGGCGUAGCCUAUCUCCUCUGUGGAUCUCUGAACGGUGAGGACUCGGAUUCUUCUAGCAUCGUCCUCACAUCUCAGUCGAUCGCCUCUGCACCCUUCAAUAAAGAACCUCGCGUAACGAAGGUACGUCAUAUGUUCUAUUAGCAUAAUUGAUAGGACACCGUCUUGCUCUCGGACGUCCGGGUUCGAUUCCCCACAUUGCAUGUUUUCCCUUGACAACUAUAAAUGGCCGGCGACGAUCGGGUGAAGGACCCAAAACUCACACGACCAGCCAAAGGUGCCUGUCUUACGGGAAAGGUGGUACUAGGGAUUUUACGAAGGGGGAGGCCUAUGUAUGCAUAGAGGAAUGGCAAAAUAAGUAUAGAUAAUUGGUAAAUUGGCUUUUGGGACGAAAAGUUUUUCAUGCAUUGACAUAUAGCAACCGCAAUUAAGCAGGACAAUUACAAAAAAUAAACACUAAGUGUCUACAACGAUCGCUUAUCAACUCUCUGAACUGAGGUCGUCGUAGAUAAUGCACCAGACCGUCUACAGUAGACGACCAAACCUUGUACGAUGAAACACCAAACCGAAAUAAUCGUGUCUGACUAAAACCCAUUUAAAUAAGUAUGGAAGAUAUUCUUCGUAUGCCACAGAUGCUUGGGGUCCUUCACCCGAUCCUUACCAAAAUGCCGUCUAUGAUUCUCCAUCCAACCUGUUAUGCACUAAGAACUUAGGCCCUAAAACAUUGAACCAUUAACUUGUUUCCCAACCUGCCUUGCUAAGUUGUCUACGUUGACGUCACUGUAAGUGGGUUGAGUGUCAGUCUGUUGUGUGUCACCAAUCAUGGGUGUCGUGACUCAUCCCGUUUAUUGUGAGUGACCCCACAACAGGUUGUACUGCAGAUGCACCGGACUAAAAUGGAGGUCAGAUUGACUCACCCCAGGCGUUUAUUGGAAUACACAUAGUUCGCGCGAACUAAUAACUUUUGCUUUGCAUGCAUUUAGCGCGCCGUAGAAGUAGAUCUUCACACCGUGUCAGCCAAUGUGCCCAAUCCCAUCACCCGUUGGUUGGCAGGCACGGACACUCGACUGUUGCACUGGAGAGGGAAGAGGGUUGGAUCCGUAUUGGGGAGUCCAUUCCAACGACAAAUCAGCACAUUCCUCACCAGAAUAAAUAUGACCAGUUUGGAUCAACCAUUAUGAGCUAGUAGUCAUGGCUUGGAAGGUUGCCAACUGAAGAGAUCACUCAGUCCUUCUCAAGACUGCGAGUCAGGUUGCAACGACCCCUCAAUGAUACAUUAACGGCACUAUCACUGGUGUAGGACCCGUGACCCCUCACUCCACGUGGCCUGGUACAUAUGGACUGGGGACCAGGUCGUGUAUGGCACGCGUAAACGGGCUAUCCAGCCGCGUCAGCCACUGUGCUCGCACUUAUCUCCGGUCUCGAUAGGGGGUUACCCGUUACCCUAACUGCUGGCUACUCGGCGCGUCCGCAGGUGGCAAAUAAUGUAACGGCCUUCGGCGAAAGUUAACGGCUAAAUAAGCGGGAUCUCGGGCCUGGUAAAUAAGCAGUCGCAGACCAGCAACGACAAUGCUAUGAUGACACUGAGAGCCGGGGUCUGGCAAACCGACUGCCUUAUAAUAUGCCGCAAACCACGAUGACAGCACUGUAACCUGGCGACUGUGAACCGCCACUACAUCAGUUUGCAUGCUACCGUCGCUUUGUGGUUAUGUUCGUAGGCCAAAGCGCUAGAGGAGAAAACCUUGAACAAACAAUUUCAGCGGCUGCCAGGCAUCAGCCUGUUUUGAAGACCCGCCUGAAGCCUCAUGGAAAUGUCCGAUUACAGUAUUACGAUCCAUGAUAUGGCGUCCGUGAGAACCGACGCGCCACACAACCCUGGCCUAGUGGUGCGGGCGAAUAAUGUGCAAUCUGGACUGCUCGGCGGGGAACAGACUCGGUAUUGGAUGCAGGAAUGCGCGAACGUCCCUGGACCGUGGUACCCACAGUCUGUCGGCGACCGGUCUUCAUCAAUACAACGUGGAUAUCCGCAGCCUGUUUGAAUUCCAAAAACCCGACUCAGACGCCCGGGAAAUAAAGAUCUGGAGAAUCACCUCUCACUUUACCAACGCGACUCUCUUGGCAGAGGCGGUGUGGCGAUCGCCUUCUCACAACAAAUGAGCCCUGCACUACUUGCAUGGGGACCAGUCAACGACCGAAUAGCUUACGUGUGAUUGAAGGGUCGCUACGAACAUCUCUGUCGCCUCCGUGUCCCCACAAACAUCGACUAGCGAACAGCAUGAUCAAGAGACCUACUAGCAACUAGAAGUGUCAGCUGAAAGACUCCCCCGUUGUGAUCUGCCGAUUGUUGCCGGGGCCUGGAAUGGCCAGACUGAAUCCGGCGACUUCAAACAGUCACCUUACAGACCUCUUUUGGCGUGGUCCUCGAUGCGACUGUGAGAGAACGCUGAACGUUACUGAUCAGGACCGAGCGUUUGUCCUCAACGUUUACUUACCCUAUUACCACCGAUCCCGUAUGGCAGGCGGCUGGGGCUUGUUUACUGCAGGUGUGUCUACGAAAUAAGAUCCGACCCUAUGCGGUUCGGAUGGUGUAGAAUUUACAUCCGGACGCGGACUGGCUGAUCUCAAAUACGCUGAUAUAUCAUGCCUCUAGCCCCAAGUUUUGGUGAUCUACGGUCUGUUGUUACGGUUGAAUGAAGUCGCUACUUCGGUUGGUUCAUUCAUAAGCUGUUGAGAGACCAAAGUGUUUCUGAUCUGCAUUCCUGACCAGGACAAGGCAUCUCUCACAAUUCAUGAUUGUCAACUUAAGGAAGUAGACAGUUUCAAAUACCCUAGGGCGAGCCUGCUGUCCCAUGGACGGCAAUGUCUCCCGAAUCGAUGUUGCUCGUAGGGUUUUAUCAAUCGCUAGAAAGUGCCUGUGGGGCCUACACGACAUCUCCAUUGCCUCGAAGAUCCGCGUUUACCGUGCAUCCGUCCGGCCAGGCCUUCUCUACGAUUGUGGAUGCUGGGCUGAGGGCGUACAAGAUGGGCGAAGACUGGAGAUAUUUCGCCACCGCUGCCUGGGAACCAUCCUUCGCGCUAAGUACACCGAUUUCGUCUCAAAUGAGACAGUCCGCACUCGUUGCAACAACAUCGUGAGAAUAUUUCAGGCCAUCCAAGAAAGACAGCUAAUGUGGUUUGCACACUUAUCUGUCGUCCGCCACCGAUCCAGCGCCACUGUCCACCUGGAGAAGUCGAACGAGUCACCUCAAAACCUGACUUGCCACAGUUCGUCAAGACAUAGAAGCAGUUCUCGGACCUUUGAUGUUCGGUCUCCGUUUCCGUCCGCAUCCGCCUCCGUUGAUCGUCACGCGUGAAAAGGCACAAUCCGCGACAUUAGCGAGGUCGGCUAGAUCGGGCAUGACCAGAGCUGUACCAAGUACAGGUCCCUCCGUCGUUUGACAUUCUUUUGUCAUCGUAGCUAGGUGGGUGAUGGGUAGAAAGCGGCAGAUACUUCUCCACUCUCCAUUACUCUGACGACAGUUCAACCAUCGAUUUCGAUGAUAUCCACCGUGUGCUCCACAGCAAAGCGAGGACAGGGACGGUGACUUGAGCGUGAAUUAGUUUAUCGUGAGUGUAGACUUGCACAGUACCGCCACACUCUCUCCUCCCCACCUGGGUCCGGUGCCAUGACAGAGUUAAGAAGACCGGAGACGGGAGAGACCGCGGGCGUCUGGCACGGCGUACCACCAUACUCGCUGGUUUGCGAUAAAUGCAUGACCAGGAUUCACUACGGCAACAAAUAUUGUGGGGGGGGGGGGGCGGUUUGGAUCCCAAUUGGCGCGAAGUGAGCCUGUAGCUGCAUCCGGAAUGUUGGCAUUCGUUAUGGGUGCACAUUCCCGAUAUUGCCUACUAGAAUCCAAUGUGACCCACCCUGUUGUUCUAGCGCAUCUACCGCGUUGCCUUUUUUAAGGACAAUGCCUCACAGUAUACACUGAUUCACGCACAUGUCACCAGUUCUCCACCUAUUCUGUGGGCCAGGCAGUGAACGUAGUCGCGUUGGAUGUUUGAACUUGUGUACUGCGAGUGCCUCUUCUGGUUCGCCUUCUCAUCAUGAGAUCAAGACUAUGCAGGUGAGCCUUUCCGUAAGGAUUUAUCAUUUUCGACCGUCCGAUGCAGUUUGCUGAUGUGAAGUCUGUAAAUUAUAGAAAUGGCGGAGGGCUUAACGCACUACUCAUUUUACUCAGGAACGAGGAUGACAUUCCUUUCGUCUGUAAAUGGCCGUCGCUACCUCAGUCGGCAUACUGUCACGCAACACUAGUCGACUGUCACUAAGCGCCCUACCCCCAGUUUAUGUCGAUCUCCCAACAGCACUGUUGUUCACUGAGCAACUUAUCCAGGGAAGAGAGGGCCUCAGUCCUAGUUCAAAUCGUAAGACAAUGGCGACAAUUAAAAGGAGAACCUGACUUGGAAGCAGCAGUAACUAAAAGCGGUCGUCUGCAUCUUCCUUGUCUUUUCCAGUUACCGCAGUCGCACAUUCCUGGCAACAGCAUUGUCUCUUGUUACAACUAAAAUGCAUUAUUGGUAUAUGCUGUAGGAAGUUAGUCUGUUCGACUGGCUCUGCGAACCAAUGCUAUCAUACUCAUUCUCGUGCUGUUAUUAGGCUGAAGACUGCUAGACUUCACAUACCUCCUGUAUAGAGCUCAAUCGGCCAGAGAACUAGGGGUUGUUUUUACGAUUAUAGGUGUAUCUUUGAUACUUUUUCGGGACAGUCUAUUCGAUUAUCAGUUGGCUUUGUUCACUGCCAUGGGUAUGAUUUUACUGUAUAUUUCUCGUGAUUUUCGGAAACCGGUCUGAACUUCCCGUUCAAUUACAGCCUAAUCUUUAUUAGUCGACUGACCAACAUUCUCGAAUUUGUUCUUCGAAGCCCAGGAGGUGACUUGGAGACAACUCAGAAUCUUAAAUAACAGUUUUCUUGGGCCAUUACAAUUUUGCAAGUUAAUUGUUUAAUGCCUGUUCGUAGGUUCACACUUCAACUGCCAUUUCAGGUUCACUCUGACACUCAAGAACUAUUUACAAAAACUGAUAAAUAUGUUCUGGCGCAGGAAAGAAUGUUCACGUAGGCACACAGACGAAUGUGACCAGCGUGACCUCGUGUUGACUUAUACCCCGCAGGAAGGGAGCUCGCCGUGAAGGUCGUCCUAGCAGCUUCAGAGCGUGUUAUUACUAAGAGACUAACUAAUAUGUAGCUGCUUAUGUAUUUACAGUCAGUGACCGAUCUCAAAUGGUGGCCGAAAUUCUGGAACGCGUUUUCGACCAGGAUUACUCAGGUAGGCUUGUAAUAUGAAUUACCAUGCGGCAUAAUCUCAUGAUAUUUCGAACUCGCCAGGGUGUUGGCCUUUGAAUGCUGUUCUUUUCGACCAAUAAAAAAUGCACUCGAUGAAAAAAUGGGUGCUUAAGUAGUAUUAUUUUUUCACAUUUAUUCCGACGCCUUUACAAAUUUAAAUAUAUUUCAUAGGAAACAUACACAAAAUAUCCCUUGUACUCAUUUGGUAGCAAAUCACGUCAGUGCAUCAACAAAUAAAGUUUGCACUUUUGCAACAAUUUGUGACGCUUUCAAGAUUUUCUGCUUCUAAGAAACCUGGUAUUUAUUAACAUAGAUAUUGGGUCCAUGCAUUGGUGUCGGUUUGCGAGUGACUAGCAAUCAUUCGUAAAUUUCCACACCUCUCAUGAGUUAGGUCACAUGCUGUAUAUUUGAAUUUACGAGGGCAUCGAAAAUCUAUGCGAAACAUUCAUGUUAAUUAAGUGUCCAUUUUUACACCGAGCGCAGUUUUUACAGGCCGAAAAGAACAGCAUUCAAAAGCCAAUCUCCCGGCAAGUCCGAAAUAUUGUGAGAUUAUGCCGCAUGAUAAUCAAUUUUACAAAUCAUCUUAUUAGUCUUUCUUAGCCAAGAACGUAUUUCAGAAUUUCGACCAACAUCUCAUGCGAUCGGUCGCUGACUAUAUAUAUGCAUAGACUAAGCGCCACAUACCCGGUGGAACGCCCCCAUCCGAGAUGAGAAUCAAGGUCCACAGGUGAAAGACAGGUAUUUGUCUCUCCGGCCUUUCGUCAAUGUCCGUCAACUUAUAGCCCAACCACUAUCAAAUGUUCGCUGCGUGUAAGCGAAAUAUCAUGAUCGCCUUUUGACCAGGAUGUUAGUGCUAAUAUCACAGUGGGCUCCAGAUUUACAGAUGGCCCAGUUUUCGCACGACUACUUCUUGGCAGCUCAAGCAAUUAUGUUGUAUAGCCUACAAUCCAGACCUGCGUAUCACUUUGUCAGUUUUCAACAACACCCGUAAUAUCCAACACCAAGAUGAACUUACCUUCCCGAAAUUCUGUGUUUCUUUAAUUAGCUCCAACGAAUCUAUUCUCGCUCCGGCGACACCCUGACAAUGAAAGUUCUGAUGGCUACGAACAAAUCCCCCGAACUCAGCGAACAUCUCAACAUCAUCUAUACUCUAGCAACUGAAUCCUAG